CGUGCCUAAUGCGCAUGCGCCACCUCGAGAGGAGAACUGUCGAGGUCGAACUGUAGGAUUUCUCGUGGAUUGAUUCAAAGAAGGGAAAAUGCCGUUGGACUCUAAUAAGGACGCCUAUCCGGAGCCUCCUCGACAGACUCCCGUUGUGGACAAACAGACGGCUUUGCCAAACCCGGCCUUGAUUUUGUCCAAACUCUUCUAUUACACGGUGGACCUGCCUGUCACCACAUUUAGAGAGGCUAUCGACAGCAUUCAGGCUAAAAACAAGUCAGUCUACUACCACCAGAAGUUCCGCCGCGUUCCCGACCUGACCCAGUGCCAAGAAGGGGAUUACCUGUGCUACUAUGAGGCUGAGAUGCAGUGGAGGAGAGACUACAAAGUGGACCAGGAGAUCGUGAAGAUAGUCCAGGAGCGCAUGAGGGCCUGCCAUCAGAGAGAAGGCUCCAGCUACCAGCAAAACUGUUCGAAGGAGAUAGAGCAGUUCACAGAGGCCUCAAAGAACUACCAGUUACGCUAUGGUGACCUCGGAGCAUAUGCCAGUGGCAGGAAGUGUUUGAUGAAGCAAAAAGAAAGGAUGAUGGCAGCAGCUCAGACUCAAAAUGCUUAAGUCUUCUGUGCAAUAGUUGUAAAAUAAAGCGCUUAACUCGG